UUUUUAACUUGAUCGAUGUCUAAAUUGCCACUUCAAUUUUGUGCCCAAAAAGCAUUCAGCCAUUGCAGAGCAGUGUGUGAGGGAGCUGCUAUCAUGAUGUCCAAGAAAUGGGUUUCAGCAAUUCUACUGCUGCAGCUCUGCUAUACUGGCUGUGGAUUCUGUGAGAAGGUCCUGGUGUGGCCCUGUGACAUGAGCCACUGGCUCAAUCUAAAGGUUAUUCUGGAGAAACUCAUGGAAAGAGGCCAUGAAGUGACUGUGUUGGUGUCUUCACAAAAUUUUCUCAUUGAGAACAACAAGCCUUCCACACUGAACUUCGAGAUGUUCUCAGUGCCGCAGGACAAAGAGACUGCUGAAGAUAGUCUAAACGAAUUUUUGAAUCUAUCUGUUAACGUCAUGCCAACAUUGUCACCCUGGCAAUCAGCAAAGAAACUUCAAGAUUUUUUCCUUCAAAUAAGCGCAGAUUUAAAACUUGUCUGUGAGAGUGUUGUCUACAACCAGACAAUCAUGAAGAAACUCCAGGACACCAACUAUAAUGUUAUGGUUAUAGACCCUGUGAUGCCCUGUGGAGAGCUGAUUGCUGAGAUUCUGGGAAUCCCUUUUGUGUACACACUAAGACUCUCUUUGGGUAGCACAAUGGAGAGAUACUGUGGGCAAAUUCCAUCUCCACCUUCCUACGUGCCUGUUGUCAUGGCAGCAUUACCAGACAAAAUGACCCUUCUGCAAAGGGUAAAAAAUUUAAUGUUUACCAUUUUCUUUGACUUCGGGCUCCAACAAUAUGACACUCAGCUUUGGGACCAGUUUUACAGUGAAGUAUUAGGAAGACCCACUACGCUAUGUGAGACUAUGGGGAAAGCAGAGAUUUGGCUCAUCAGGACAUACUGGGAUUUUGAAUUUCCUCGUCCAUACUUACCAAAUUUUGAGUUUGUAGGAGGAUUGCAUUGUAAACCGGCCAAACCACUACCUAAGGAAAUGGAAGAAUUUGUCCAAAGUUCGGGUGAAGAUGGUAUUGUGGUAUUUUCUCUGGGGUCAAUGAUCAAAAAUCUCACAGAAGAAAAAGCCAAUCGCAUUGCCUCAGCUCUUGCCCAGAUUCCACAAAAGGUUUUAUGGAGAUACAAAGGAAAGAAACCUGCCACGUUAGGAGCCAAUACUCGGCUCUAUGAUUGGAUACCACAGAAUGAUCUUCUUGGUCAUCCCAAAGCAAAAGCAUUUAUCACUCAUGGUGGGACCAAUGGGAUCUAUGAAGCUAUCUAUCAUGGGGUGCCUAUGGUGGGAGUCCCAAUGUUUGCUGAUCAGCCUGACAACAUUGCUCACAUGAAGGCCAAAGGAGCAGCUGUGGAAGUGAAUAUAAACACAAUGACAAGUGCAGAUUUGCUCAAUGCCUUGAGAACAGUCAUUAAUGAGCCUUCUUAUAAAGAGAAUGCUAUGAGGCUAAAAAGGAUUCACCAUGAUCAGCCUGUAAAGCCCCUGGACCGAGCAGUCUUCUGGAUUGAAUUUGUCAUGCGCCACAAAGGAGCCAAGCACCUGAGGCCAGCCGCCCACAACCUCACCUGGUACCAGUACCACUCUCUGGAUGUGAUUGGGUUCCUGCUGGCCUGUGUGGCAACAGCUGUAUUCUUGGUCACAAAGUGCUGUCUGUUUUCUUGUCGAAAAUUUGGUAAAACAGGAAAGAAGAAAAAAAGAGAAUAGAUCUUUCUAAGUUUGCCAAAGG